ACAUUCUCUGCAGAAGCGCACUGGCCCUUUAAAAAACCGUAGCACUUCCGCCAGGGAAAGACAGACCCAAACAGAUUCAGCUCAGCGUCGAGGGCGGCCCGUCGACGAGGUGAGGGUUCCGUUCCAGAAGAGUGCCUAGAAUCCUGAAGUCCGGACCCGAGCAGAACCGGAACCAUGGUGAAGAUCAGUUUCCAGGCCGUCGCAGGUCAGAAAGGCGACAAGGAGACCGAUGGCGACAAGACCGAAAUCCUCAUCCCCCGUCCUGUGGAGGAAGAGGAGCUGGUUCUGCCGCUGCGGCCCAAGAAGUCGACUCUCAACGGCCUCUGCUGCCUGACAUUUGGCCUGGUGGUGUUCAUGGCCGGUCUGGUUCUUGCCUCCAUCUAUGUGUACCGCUACUACUUCAUACCUCAUGCGCCAGAAGAGAACUUGUUCCACUGCAGGGUUCUGUACGAGGACUCGGCGUACGCCCCUCUGCGUGGUCGCCAGGAGCUCGAGGAGAACGUCGGCAUCUACCUGGCUGACAACUACGAGAAGAUCACCGUGCCCGUGCCUCAUUUCGGAGGCAGCGACCCUGCUGACAUCAUCCACGACUUUCACCGAGGACUGACCGCCUACCAUGAUAUCGCUCUGGACAAGUGCUACGUCAUCCAGCUCAACACCUCCAUCGUCAUGCCGCCGAGGAACCUUUGGGAGCUUCUCAUCAACGUCAAGAAAGGCACGUACUUACCUCAGACCUACAUCAUCCAUGAGGAGAUGGUGGUGACCGGGAAGGUGCGGAACAUGCGUCAGCUGGGACCCUUUAUCUACCGCCUGUGCAAUGGAAAGGACACGUACCGCCUGAGCCGCCGAGUUUCCCACAGACGCAUCUCCAAGCGCGAGACCAGCAACUGUCACCGCAUCCGCCACUUUGAGAACACGUUCGUGGUGGAGACGGUCAUCUGUGAGGAAGCGUGAAGGCUCCAGGCGUCCGUGUCCUGACCGCCCAUACCUGCAGUCACCUCCCCAGCUUCUGUAGCGCCCUCCUGUGGAUUUGUUUGAGUUGCAAACGUUUAAAAAAACAAAACAUUCUUCCUGUUUGAGAUUGAUUUAGAUAAUAUUUAACUUGACUAGAGAUGCAAGACUUUAUUCUAUCACAGGAUUCUCAGUGUAGCAAAGUUCAAAAGCAAAUAAUGCAUCAUAGCUGUAAGGCCUGGGAUCACAUGGGGUCAAGUACGGGGGUUAAGGGUGAAGGCUGUUGUCUGACCCCUCUGCCUUUGAGGAUUAUUUGUGUAGUGCUGUAGAGACGCAGUCAGAUAUAAGAAGCAUGAAAACAAGAAAGCGUCAUCUUUUCUAGUCAUGAUUCCAGACACAUAAGUGUUGCUCGUGUAUUUGCCUGCUUGUGCUUAAGAUGCAUCAGAGAGGUUGCACUUCUUACUCUUGUAUUAAAGCAACAGAAAAUUGGGCAUUAAAUAAGAAUAUGUUUCAAGUCAUGAACGCAUUUUUGUACUCAGAUCAUCUGCUUCCUGUAUUUGUUUGCACUUUCGCUGCAUAAGUGAGACUUUUUUUUUGUUCUUUUCUUUGCAUGUGUCUGUCUAAAAGACAAAAAAUAGCACAGUUGUCAACACGAUUUGCAAAACAAGGUUAAAAGCCUUAGUCCAGAGUCAGAGACUGGGCUAAAGUUACUACUGAAUUGGGGAAUUUCAACUGAUAUUCGAGCAGAAUUAACUACUGUAUAUUUUGUCUGACGUCUGUGAAUAAAUAAGGAAAAUCA